AUGUCCAAGGGGCCAACUGGUCCCUCGAGGCCGGGGGCGACUAAUGAAGUUACCUUGAAUGCAUUGCGUGCCAUCAACCAGACUGGCGACUCGGGCGGUCCAAUUGCAACCGACCCUAUUAAGGACGACCAGACUCAAUGUCCCUUGCUACUAGCUGGUCGUCCGUACUACCGCCUACAGUUACCCACAUGGAGUGUAGCCUUGCUCCAGACAUGGAUGUCCAGAUGGCGAUUGACGCCAAGUGCUCCAAGCCAGUGCCAGUGCUCCCUUCUAAAGUUGCCGGCACUCACAGCCCCAGCCUUGAAUGCCACGCCGCGCCCGUCGCCCGGUCCUCUGGUCCCAGGCUCAGUUCCAGUCCCAGGACUCAACACCAGACUCGCCUUGUCCACAUGCACACAUACCAUCCUCACCCCCCCGCCAACCUGCUUCACUUUGGAAGCUUGCCAACAAUCACCAGAGCUCACUGGUCUCGUCCCCUCGACUCCAUCACGCCGCGCUUGCGAUCGACUUCAGCUCAGCCUGACCCAUAAGCUGCCGGGGUUCCUGGGCCGCUCCCGCGAAGGUCUGUACGAGCCUGUUUUGGCCGAUAGCGAGCGCGAGGCCGUCGCCGACCUGUUACAAUAUCUCGAAAACCGUGGAGAGACCAACUUCUUCUCCGGAGAACCACUCAGGGCUCUUAGUACCUUGGUCUUUUCAGAAAAUAUAGACUUGCAACGCAGUGCAAGUCUUACCUUUGCCGAAAUCACUGAGAGAGAUGUACGAGAGGUUGACCGAGACACACUGGAACCCAUUCUCUUCCUGUUACAAAGCCCCGAUAUCGAAGUUCAGAGAGCCGCUAGUGCCGCCCUAGGCAACCUUGCCGUCAACACUGAGAACAAGGUCAUAAUCGUCCAGCUUGGAGGAUUAACACCGCUCAUCCGACAGAUGCUAUCGCCAAAUGUUGAGGUCCAGUGCAAUGCCGUAGGAUGCAUCACCAACUUGGCUACACAUGAAGAAAAUAAGGCCAAGAUUGCACGGUCUGGUGCCCUGGGCCCCCUGACGAGGCUUGCCAAAUCCCGAGAUAUGCGUGUGCAGCGGAACGCUACCGGUGCUCUCCUCAACAUGACACAUUCUGAUGAGAACCGACAGCAGCUCGUUAACGCCGGCGCUAUUCCCGUCCUAGUUCAGCUCCUCUCUUCUCCCGAUGUUGAUGUACAGUACUACUGCACUACCGCCCUCAGUAACAUUGCCGUUGACGCCAAUAACCGACGAAAGCUGUCGUCCACUGAACCAAAACUCGUCCAAUCCCUGGUCCAUCUCAUGGACUCCUCGUCCCCAAAGGUCCAAUGUCAGGCUGCGUUGGCCCUGCGAAACCUUGCGUCCGAUGAAAAGUACCAAAUUGAGAUUGUCCGAGUCCAAGGCUUACCCCCGCUCCUUCGUCUCCUUCAGUCAUCUUACCUUCCCUUGAUACUGUCGGCUGUUGCUUGUAUACGAAACAUCUCCAUACACCCAAUGAAUGAAUCGCCCAUCAUUGACGCCAACUUCCUCAAGCCACUAGUCGACUUGCUCGGAUCCACCGACAACGAAGAGAUUCAAUGCCACGCCAUUUCAACUUUGCGCAACCUGGCAGCCAGCUCAGACCGAAACAAGGCUCUGGUAUUGGACGCCGGCGCUGUCCAGAAGUGUAAACAGCUGGUGCUUGAUGUGCCGGUGACGGUACAGUCGGAAAUGACGGCUGCCAUUGCAGUUUUGGCUCUUAGCGACGAUCUCAAGUCGCAUCUUCUCAAUCUCGGAGUGUGCGAUGUCCUCAUACCCUUGACUCAUUCGCCCAGCAUCGAGGUUCAAGGCAACAGUGCUGCUGCCUUGGGUAACUUGUCCUCCAAAGUCGGCGACUAUUCAAUCUUUGUUCAAAAUUGGAACGAUCCAAAUGGAGGAAUACACGGAUAUCUUAGCCGAUUCCUGCAAUCAGGUGACGCCACAUUCCAGCAUAUUGCAGUCUGGACCUUGUUGCAAUUAUUCGAGUCUGAAGAUAAGACUUUGAUUGGUCAUAUUGGCAAAGCCGACGACAUUAUCGAGAACAUCCGAGCUAUUGCAAACCGACAAGUCGAAGCUGAGCCCGAGUUUGAAGACGAGGAUGAGGGCGAAGUGGUGAAUUUGGCUCAACGUUGCCUGGAACUGUUGGGUCAGAGCAUGUCUAAAGCCCACAUCGAGGGCUAA